AUGCGGUCUCUGCGCGAUGUACUCGCCGCAGAUCGCGACAACGCCCUGCAUGCACAGUCCAACGAAGGCAAAGUCAUGGCUUGCGUCUCGGCGGAUCGCGCCAGUUCCCACUUCAUGCGGAGUGGAGCGUUAUCACACUUCGCGGACUGGCGCUUCAUUAACCGAGCGCGUCUGAACCUACUGCCUGUGAACGGUUCAGUCAUGUGGGGUCCCGCCGAUCGCGAUCAGCGUUGCCGGGUCUGCGGAUACCAACGAGAGACUUUACCGCAUCUGCUGUGCCACUGCAUGACGCACAGCGCCAUGUAUCAGGCGCGGCAAAACGCGGUGGUCAAACGUCUACGUACAGCCGCAACCCGUCAAUUCACGGUGGCUUACGAGAACCGGUUCGUCGGCGACACUGGACUACGUCCUGACCUGGUCGUUGUGCGCGGCGAGGAGGCCUUGGUGAUUGACGUGGCUUGUCCAUUCGAAAACACACCAGAGGGCUUCUCGAACGCCCGCAACGACAAGCUCGCCAAGUACGAACCCGUCGCUGCCUACCUCCGCCGACGCUACCAGAGAGUGACGGUGGCCGCACUCAUCGUUGGAACACUUGGCGCCUGGGAUCCAGCCAACGACCGCGUCCUGAGGCGACUAUGUUCCAGAUUUUAUCUGCGGCUGAUGAAGAAACUUUGCGUCAGCGAGGUCGUGGCGGCGCCUCGGUCCGUUUACCACACUCACGUCGGCCACAGCCGCAACAAACUUUAUUCUACUCUUACGAAGCCUUGUCCCCUCCUUGGUCAACUAAUCACCGCCAUCGAACCACUACACACGGGUUCCUGUCCAGCACAAGGUCCCUGGUCAUAA